AUGAGCUUGCUUGAUGCCAAAGAAGCCUCGGUUUUCGGUCUUUUCCAGCCCAAAGUCGCGCAGUCGGUCAUUGCCCAGCUCAUACGUGGGGUGGCAUUCCUUCACAGUAAGGGUGUCGUACAUGGUGAUCUUCAUCUAGGCAACAUUUUGGUCCAAUUUCCUACAUCGAUCGAUCGAUAUUCUACGGCAGAGCUACGAGAGAGAUUCGGAGAGCCAGAGCCAGAAGCUGUUGUUCGUCUGGAUGGCAAGCCAUUGCCGAAUGGUGUACCCACACAUGUAUUCCCCCCCGGCUGGUUUGGCGUUCGCAGCGAAGAGAUAGCUUUUGGAGAGGAGAAGGUCAUGCUUAGCGACUUCGGUGAAUCUUUCAAUCCGCACAAAACGCUCAGGUUCUCCUCGAAAACCCUUCCCCUCCUUCAGCCACCUGAGGCUCGAUUCUCUGACGAACCGCUCUCGUUUGCCUCGGAUAUUUGGACACUCGCCUGUACGAUCUGGGAAGUUUUGGGCCAGCGACCUUUAUUUGACGCUUUUUUCCCCAAUGCAGACCGUGUCACCGCGGAGCAAGUCGAAGUUCUUGGUGUCUUGCCUCCCGAAUGGUGGGUAAAGUGGCGUAGAAGAAAAGAAUGGUUCAACGAAGAAGGCGAGCUUGAUGUGAAACCAGGAACGUCUAAAGGCCUGAAUUGCGAGCGGAAAACCUGGGGACAGAGAUUUGACUACUGUAUCCAGGAGCCUCGAGACGAGGCGGGCCUAGAGACGGUGACAGAGAUAGAGAGGAAGGCGUUCGAGGAAAUGCUUCAAUCAAUGCUAGUCUUCCGGCCGAAGGAGAGAGCUACAGCACACCAGGUAUUGCACUCACAAUGGAUGAAAGAAUGGGGGCAACCAGCUCUGGAAGAGAGCUUGAAUACAUCACGGGCUGUACCGAAAGGAGAACAGAUUCAAUAG